AUGCAGAUUGACGAUCACCUACCUGAACAUAUUCGAGCAGUUCAGCAAUCGGGCCACCCCGUGGCGUGGAUAUGCGACCCAAUGCACGGGAAUACCCAGACGUCAGCUUCAGGGCUCAAAACACGACACUUCAAUAAUAUCAUUUCGGAAUUGACCUCCUCUCUCCGUAUCCACACCGAGUGUUCGUCUCGCCUCAAUGGUGUCAGCCUUGAGUUCACUGGGGAGCUAAAUGAUGAAGGGUAUUCCGUCACGGAAUGCCUUGGUGGUAGCAUGGAGCUGAGCGAAGAGGAAUUAGAACUUCGAUACCAGUCCUUCUGUGAUCCAAGGCUCAACUUUGAACAGAGUCUAGACCUCAUUCUGACUGGCCUUCCUGUGACGCAGAUAUUGCCUUCCUCAUGUCCAAUCAUUUUAAAAAGGAACGACAAACAGGGGCCGUUAACACCGAUGCACUCUAUCAGCAAUUCAAAAAGUCGCAUUAACUGA